AUGUUGGCCUCUGAGGAGUUCCCCCUGCUGUCGAGCCUGGGCUUGUAUGCCGCGAACAUUGUCGGCGAUGGCAACUGUCUCUUCAACGCACUGUCGGACCAGAUCUACGGAGAUCAGAAUCAGCACUCCGCCAUCCGUGCUCGCGUGAUCGAGUACAUGCGUGAGCAUGGAGACUACUACAAGCAGUUCAUCGACGUGAACCCUGGCGGUGGGAUCCGUCGCAAUCCCAAGAGGAAGAAUGCCGGGGCGUACUCGUCACCGGCGAACUACGUCCCUCCAUCCGCCGACGAGAUCGACCGUGUGUUCCAAAGCCACCUUCAGACGAUGGCACGAGGAGGAGUGUACGGUGACAACAUGGAGAUUUCCGCCUUCUCCUCUGCGUUUAGCAUCGAUGUCAAGAUCUAUCAGAGAGACUUCGCGUACAUGAUCUCAGGGAGCGGUGACGGGGUGCAGAGGCAGGUAGCUCACAUUGCAUACCACACGUGGGAGCACUACUCGUCGAUCCGCAACCUUGACGGACCUCACAACGGCAUGCCCAAUGUCAGCCCAAAGGUGCUGUCAGUCGAAGAGGAGCAGAAACAGAAGGAGAGGCUGGCAACAACCACACCCGUGAUGCCAUGGAUGAUCGACGUGGUGUCCAAGUCGCUGCCAUUCCUGGCCGACAAACCCACCAUCAAACGUCAGCUGGAGGCAGCGAAAGGAGAUGUUGACCUGGCAGUCUCAAACAUGCUGGACGCGGAGGAGAACGGCAGCGCCUCGUCACAGCAGGAGAGCUCCAGUGUGGAACGAGACCACGACAGCGACGACGAUGCGAGCUACGCUCCCAACAAGAAGCAGGAUCGCCGCAUGAGUCGAGCCACCAAAGCUCACCGCCCACGCAGCCUCGAAAGCAAACACGCCCUCUCCCAGCUCGCAACGUACGACGGCAGCCAGGAGUCUUUUGGCAGCGGUGACUCCGAGUCCUCCAGCAUACCCGAAUCAUCCCAACAAUCCAACACCACCCUACCAACCGACACCGAAGACAUCAACACCGAAGACAUCAACACCGAAGACAUCAACACCGACGCCAGCACCACCGCUUCUCGAUCCCAAUCUCCCGCUCGCCCGACGAUCAAGCUAAAGCUCAUCCCACCUAAGCACCCCGACCCGUCACCACGCGUCGGCAAAACCUCACAACGCCAGCCAGGUCCCCGCUCUACUGCUCGUGAACGCAAGGACUUUAAGAAGCAGGCACAGAAGGCCGCCCGAAAGGAACGCCAGCAGCUUGCUGCCAAGGGUGACACUCGCAGUGGGAGUCCGUCAGCUCCUGGACUGGCCUACAGACAGAAGGGCAUGACACAGACGCCGCCGGUGGAGACACUGCGGACGCUGUACAUCUGA